GCGUACGAGGAACACUGAAUGCCACAUUAUUUCCUGUUUAAAGGAUAUCGUCAGUACAAGCCAAAGGCAGUUUGAUGUAUUUUAUGUUAAGGUAUUUCCCUAGCACUCUGCGCGAAACUUGUUUCCUGACCAAUGACACAAUAGGAAGUUUUCCAGCAAUGUUUUGGGAAUAUUUCGACGCGGCUCAACGACUCGGAAAUUCAGCGGGCUAUACGAGCGAGUGAGAGACAUGGACAACUCUGUCACCUUGUGGCAGUUCCUUCUCCAGCUCCUAUUGGAUUCCAGUAAUGAGCAGCUAAUCUGCUGGACCAAUGAAGAAGGGGAAUUUAAACUGCUGCAGGCAGAGGAAGUGGCCCGACUGUGGGGAGCCCGCAAGAACAAGCCCAAUAUGAACUAUGACAAACUCAGCAGGGCUCUCAGAUACUACUACGACAAGAACAUCAUAAAGAAGGUGAAUGGUCAGAAGUUUGUCUAUCGCUUUGUGUCCUAUCCUGACAUCCUAAAAGGAGAUGUUGCUACCCGAACACAGGGCGGGGAUGUAGGUGCUGGGGGCAUCCCACACCUAUCAAAGAGGGUAGACAGCACCGCACAGGAGGGUGAGUCUGGUGACCGCAGUAGCACAGCAGCUCUGGGCUCCAGCUCCAAGCCAUCAAACCGCAACGACUACAUCCACUCUGGCCUGUAUACCUCUUUUACUCUCAACUCACUGCAAAAUGGACGCCAGCUCUUUAAGUCCAUCAAAAUUGAGAACCCAGCAGAGAAGAUGGCUGACAAGAGAGGUCUCACUGCUGCACCCCAGAGCCAGGAGCAGUUGCAGCAGCCAACUGCUUUGCCAUCUGUCAUCAAGUUUGGAAACACCCCUCCAAAGCCAGCACCACCAGCGUCUAUUGAAGUGGUCAUAGAGCCGGAACUGAUGUCCAACCCCUUGGAUUCUUUGCAUGCUCCAACCUUGAGGACGGAAGAUGUUCACUCCUCCCUGCCGUCCCAGUCCGUCUACCCAUUUGAAAACAUCCGCCCAUCUGAGCCAACGUUUGGCCUACCAGACCUGAUCUCAGCCAGUCCGUCCCCAAGCCUAGUGCCUGACUCCUCCCAGGAGCUGGUGAUUGACAGCGAUAUAGAGUCUGGAUCUUCUCAGCCCACAGAUGCUCAGGCACCAGAACUCACAGAUGCACAGGAGAAGGUGGACAGUGCCAUGGGUUUGUCUGGAGACGAGACCAGUCUGGUAGACGCUGAAACCAGUUCAUCCUCGCUUAGCAGCAGCACCACAGUCAGCACUCUGAGCUCAGGAAAGACACGCAAGCCACCGAAAAUUCUGCAGAUCAGCCCACCGGCUCUGCUGGUCACCACCUCUGACUUCUCCCCCAUGAACCUUUGCAGCCCAUCUCUACCUACUGCCUCUCUCACACCAGCAAUGCUACAGACUCCCACUCUGUUGCUGACUCCCAGUCCUCUGCUGUCCAACAUCCACUUCUGGAGCACGCUCAGUCCGGUCGCCCCCCUCAGCCCGGCCACACGACGCCAGGGAGCCCACCUGUUCCAGUUUCCAUCGGUCCUCACCCCUCAGUUCCAGAUCCCUGUCCAUAGUAUGGAUGGGACCAACACACCCGGCCCCAUUUCCCCAGACCCUCAGAAGACAUAGGAUUAACCCCCACAGUAUCACCGCAUUUGGACCCAGACACCCUCCCCCCUCCUGCUCCAUCUCUUGCUCCCACAUCUAGGACAGUGAUGCAGGAGCUCUGUCAUUGCUAUUCCUCAUCACUGCGGUGCUUUAAAGUUCACUGCCACAGAACUCACACUACAGUCAGACAUGUGGAGGGAGGGUCUGGACAGAUGCUGGCCGUCCAGGUUUGAUGGAUGACCGUAACACACUGAGUUUGUUUCAGAAUAUUUACACCCUGAGGAUGCUAUCUUGUACUCAUACACACUGAUGCCAUUGUUUCUAAUGCACUUCUGGAUUCAUUUGGUCUGGCUUCUUGGGAUUCUCAGUCACAACAGUUGCAAGGAGGGAGGAAUUUCCAUGGCAACAGUUGGUGCAUGUGGAUUGGACCCUCAGCAGCGACAAUCUUCUUCAUACUUGGAGACACAGACUGUUGGAAUUGCAGAUAACUGAAUCUUUACUUUUGUAGAAUUUCCUUCUUAUCUUGUGUGACAGUAAAACUGCCAAAAACAUGUUAUGUUCUCAGUUGCUAAUGUGUUUCCUCCUCUGCUGACUAUGCUUCUGUUCUUUGUUGUGCUCUGUCCUUAACUUUUACCCUUGUUGAAGGGUAGUGCUUUAACCUGAUAAUGUGCAUGUUUACCUGCAGCUCUUUUAUCUUGUUCCCAGCUCUCAGCCUCGCUUCACCUGCCUGAGUGUGUACCAUUACUGCUCUGAAAGGUUGGCUAACUAAAGCCAUAUCCAUCAUGACUUUUACCUUGACGUUCUUAUCGUGACAUGUGGCCAUAAUCUGAGCUGAACCUUUAACCAUGCCUCUACGUAACUGUUCCUGUGUGUGUGUGUGUGUGUGUGUGUGUGUGUGUGUGUGUGUGUGUGUGUGUGUCUGUGUCUGUGUGUGUGUCUGUGUCUGUGUGUGUCUGUGUCUGUGUCUGUGUCUGUGUCUACGUGUGUGUCUGUGUGUCUGUGUGUCUGUGUCUGUGUGUGUGUCUGUCUGUCUGUCUGUCUGUCUGUGUCUGUGUAGUACAAAAUCCCUGGAAGCCAGUGUGACCUGGUCUGGUUCCAGCAAGUAAGCAUUCAGGUGGGAAUGAAAGAAAUAGAAGCCAUAACCCUUUUUGUGUAUCAGCUCUGCAAGCUGCAACGCAUAGAUCCUGUAUUUGUUACUGCUCUGAUGGCGCCUUUUUAAAUUAACUCUGCAUUGUUAAAGGUGGUCAUCAUGUUAGGGAUUGACAUUUUGGAAAAUACACUUAAUUGCUUUCUUGCUGAGAGUUAAAGGGAUAGUUUGGAUGCUCCUAGUUUAGAGAAACAGGCUAGAGUACUGAAACAGAAGCUAAGCAGUGUACUGCUGUUGACGGGGAUGGCAACAAAACGCAUUUAAACCACCUAAAGAAAAUUCCCACCUUAAACAAUCAGUAUCAGUUAAAGGGUUCCCAUGGUCAUGGAAAACCUGGAAAUGGCAUGAAAUUUCUCAAUCUCAUUUUCAAGGCCUGGAAAAGUCAUGGAAUUAGUAAAAAAUCAUUUAACGUUUUGGAAAAAUUAUGGAAUUUUGUUGUGUAAUGAAAUUAAUUCUUACAGUAUUCUUCUAUAGAAAACCUUCCACGGCUACUCUCCCAAGGCUGAACAAGUGUACAUUCUUAUGUUGCCGCAUUGCUUUUCACUCUUGCAUGUAGAAAUGAGUUUAUAAUCAGAUGGAUCAAGAAUUACAGUGAUAGUGUCAUCGGCUCUCCAGACCGCAAUUUCUGAUGGAAAACUGAAGCAGUUUUAUCGCUCUUUUCAAAGCAAGACUCAUUGAAAAAAACAGCGAUUUAACAUUGCUGAACACAGGAGCUGCUGGUCUACCACUGCAUCAAACUGUUUGCUGUUGUUGUUGUUGUUGUUGUUGUUGUUGUGAAACUUUGGUGUUUUAAGUGGUUCAUUCGUAUUCACCAAAGUUACACAAUAACACUAACUAACUAACUGAUUGAAGCAGUAGACCAGCAGCUCCUGAGUUCAGUGAGCUAAAAUGUUUAUCUCAAUGGAGCCUGGUGGCUUUGGUGGGAGCCUAGAUCAGAUGGGAACUGAAGCCAUUAAUGGCUUCCGCAUCGGAACGGGUUGUCUGACAGAAAGGUUAAGUGGUGAAAAUACUCACAAUGUAGUGUACACUUAAUCUUUUAUAGAAUUUUUUUUUUAGGUGGGACUUUUUUUUGGGUGGCUAAAAUAUGUUUUGCUGCAUACCCCAACCACAGCAGAACAUUGCUCAGCUACCCUUUCGGCACUCCUGCCACUUCUCUAAAACAAGGGCGUACUGACAGACAUCUAGUAUAGGUAAUGCUGAUUAUGAGUAAGUAACCCAUACAACCCCACUUCCAAAAAUAUGAACUAUUCCCAUAAAUAAGAUCAAUGCCACUCUAAAUAUGUAGCUGGAUGCUAAUAAGCAGCUUAUUAGCUUAACUUAAACAGGGAAAUGGCUAGCCUGGCUCUGUCUAAAGGUCCCAAAAUCUGCCUACCAGCACCUUUAGUUCACCAGUUGACAUUGUUUAUUCUGUGUAAAACCAAAGCGUAAAAACAUUAGUUUACCAUUUAAAGUAGUGUUAUGAGAUAUACUGUUUCUUAGCUGGGAGCUUCCUGGAGUCUCAGAAAAUGCUUGCACAGUACGUUUCCACAAACCAUGACUAUGUUAUGUUGGCACAUUUCAUAAGUAUCAUAUCACUGUUUCUAAAGUGACGUAGUAUAUGAGCUGACUUUGUCAUCAGGAGAUGGAAAGGAUGGUGGAUGGCAUGUCAUGCCUACCAAGCUGCAGACCACUGUUCAAGACCAACAUACAAUAAAACUGAUUGUGAUUUAGCCAGUCAUUGCUUUGUUUCCAGCAACAUUUUAGUCCUCAGAUGUGGGUGUUUUUAGUGACCUGUCACUGUGUUUCUAGCGGGGAUAGUGCCAUGAAAAGCAGUUGCUUUUUACAGAAGAGACAUUGCUGCUGUUCGCUUGUUGCCUGCUUGUGGCCAAGAAAUAGUUCCAGCACACCACAACUUGUUUUUACAUGGUAACAUGUCAAUUAGUGAGCCUUGGAGGUGUUUUAAGAUGUAUUUUAUUGCCUUUGGACCGAGCCUGACUAGCCAUGUCUCUCUGUUUCCCCUGUGCCGGUUCCAGCUACAUAUUUACGUGAGAGAAAUAUCAGUUUUCUCAUAUAACUUCAGGCAUGUAUAUUUCCCAAAAUGUCAAACUAUUUCUUAAAGUAUAAUUUGAUCUAAAGCUGCACAGAAUAAUUCCUUAUGAAGCAGAAUCAAACCAGACCUUGAAGCCUUGAUUAUUGUCCACAGGUCGGCUCAGUUGUGUUUGUUAUAAACAAAUAGGCUCUGAUUGUUGUUGUUGCUUGCAGCGUCAGUGCAGUUCUUUGAUCUCAGACUCAACUUCCAAAUCUUAGUGACUAGACUCUGAACAGUCUAGCCUUAACCAUUGCCAAGCCUUAGCCAUGUGAAACCCAACAACCUUUAAUCCUGAGGACUGUAGAAACCCUCUGGAACAUUGAAGCACCUUCCUCACCCUAAAACCCCCAAUCCUCCUCCAGAUGAUCAGCCAUAAAAGGUUUACACUUGUUUUUGUAAGUGACUUUGAAGCCAUAAGUCUGAGACACAGACUCAAGAGGUAGAGCCACAUUUCUAUGCUAAUAUAUGUGGAAAUUGUACAUCAUACUUGUUUACAUGAUACUUGGUUAGAACACGCUUAGGUGGUUCUUUACUUAAGUGUCCCUUUCUGACCCAGGGAUGGAUGACCAGCAAAUCUUGUGGUCUCAUGCUCAUUUUUACUCAACUAACAGACAGCCCCCUCAGCCUACAGUCUGUCACAUUGAUAUACGGUGCCUUACCACAGCCAAGCCCAAGUUUAGCUCCCACAUGUGGAUGGAGUUGUAUCAUUUAAAAGUUAGCAUAGAACUAAUGAAACACGACAGCGUUCCUGUUUGUUUUUAUGCCAUAUCUUUGCAUAGACCAAACCAGACCCCCAGAAGUUCCGAAUCAUACUUCACAGGGAUGUUUUGUAUGUGAAUACACUGCAGCUCAUGCGGUCUGCCCAAGAUUAUGUAUUGCAGGACCUUUAAUGUGCUGCAGUGUUCUCCGGGAUGUAUUCAUGUACAUACAGACAGCACAUGGGUUAUUAUUCAGAGCAUGUAAAUCUAAUGAGGCCAGUUGGCAGCCAUGUUUCUUCCCAACCUGCUUAUAAAUGUUUGUGUUAACAAAUUUACUCAGAAAGUAUAUGAAUAUAAAUAUAAAUUAAAAAAUAAUAAACAGGUUUUAUAUAUAUAUGUAUAUAUAUAUAUAUAUAUAUAUAUAUAUAUAUAUAUAUAUAUAUAUAUAUAUAUAUAAAACCUGUUUAUUAUAUUUUUGUGUAAUCAUUAAUUUUCCUGUAACACCGAUAGAGUUUUAAGAUUAAUUUCUAUUUUUGUAACGGCCAGAUAGUUAGAUGCUGUUUGGGGUUCUCUGAUUUAAUGUUCUCUUUGUGCAUGUGUUUCUUUAUGUUGUUUUCCUCUCGUGGAUUUGGGAGGUGGCUGCCCCAUGGUGGCAUUGGCUAGUUCUGGGAAUCAAAGCCUUAUGGGGAGAAAUCUAAAUCUAUGUUUUAUAUGUAAAGUGUUUUGAUAGUGUUGAUAUUGUACAUGCAGAUGUUGUGAUAGAACGUUUGCACUUCAGACUCCGGGGUUCCUGCAGUAUUGGAUUCUGUCGCUUUUUUAUGACUCAGAUUUCCUCUUUGAAAUGUUGACAUUUGCUAACUGAGAAAUGUUUAUUUUCCAAAAGGGAGGAUAAAUUAUGCACUUCGUAUUUUAUACAGUAAAUCUGAUCUUUUACAAUAAAUAUUAAAGGGUUUGUGAUUAGGCAGUACCACACAACAUUUAUUUAUUUGAAUUUAUAGUAAAGCCCAAUCGAAUUGGGGAAAACUAUUAAAUAGCUGAAUGAUAACCUCAAAGCCCAUUUGUAAUUUUCCUCCAUUAACUCUUGUAGGACUUGUCUUUUGCGUAUUUCUUCAUUUGUAUCUUCUGAUGAUGUUCUCCUUAUACUUACCUUGAAAUGUAAAAUCUCCUUUAAAAAAGAAACGACACGUGGUUCUUGCUUUGUUUUGUCCAGUUUUCUAUUUGUUUGAUGCUUUUUAAAAUGUUUACAAGCUGCUUGUCUUAAGUGGCGUAUUGAUGUUUGGGAGGUGUAGAGGAAGUGUUUAUAAUGGGAGAGAUAGGUGAGACCAAUAAUAAAAGAUA